AAUUGUAUGAUUAUUGUAUAAAAGAAGGAUAUGCUGACAAAAACCUCAUAGCAAAAUGGAAGAAGCAAGGUUAUGAGAGUCUAUGCUGUUUGCGGUGCAUACAAACAAGAGAUACAAACUUUGGAACUAACUGCAUUUGCAGGGUACCAAAGGGCAAACUAGAAGAGGGUAAAGUUGUAGAAUGCGUUCAUUGCGGAUGUCGAGGAUGUUCUGGCUAAAUAGUUGAUUUACAACAAAUUCAAGUAAAUUCUGAACCAAUAUAAAGAUAAUUUCACCAAAAUCACCCAAUGCUGUCAAAUGUGAUGUCGUUAUUGAGCCAAAAAUCUGAUGAAUCAGGAACAAAUAAAAACAGAAAUAGGAGAUGAUGUUAUUACACAAGACAAGCAGGGACAGAUAUUUUUUUUCUUGUAAAUAAAUAAUUGUAUAAUAUCUGUGAUGCAUUGAAUUUGACUUGGCAGUUCACUCUGUAGUACUACAGUACUUUAAAUUGUCAGCUCAGCUGCUGACAGAAUGUCAAGCUAGCAUAGUAAGCUGUGAACACACUGCGUUGCAAUGACGUACGACCAGUGCUGUAUCUAAUAAAGGUCCCAAGAAACUAACUGUUCCCUGGGGUGCGCAGGGGGAUGCAUUCCAUACCCCCUCAAUUUCUUGAGCCCCUGUUAUCCCCUACUUCAAUAUCCCUAACGCUUGACAAAGCGACGCCAUCUGCUGUGCACAUCUCGUCGCGUUGCCCGAAGACUGUCAGUGCAGUGUGUGUCUGGCUUUCAAUUAUAUUUGUAAGAAUAACAUUUACUAGUGACCAAUCUAGGAUUUCAUAUCACAUUUAUGAAUUAGGAUUAUUUUUAUAUUUAUAAAAGUGCACCCACCUUUCCUGGAGUACACUAAUUCAAUACUCAAUUAUUUACUUGUCCUUGGUACCAUGUUACUUCUCAUUGUGCUGUACAAGAUUUCAAUACGAGGCCUAGGAACUACAAUUAUUUUUAGUUCUGAUAAAGACUAAGGGUUUGGCAAGGGGAGAAUUUUAACCAUCUCAAAUUGCAGGUUGCCCUGUCAGAAAAUAUUUGGUUCUGGGUCACUGGACCAAUUUUGGCUUCUAAAUUACCUGCUAAAUUCAGUUCGCAUAAGUAAAAUCUGUAGGUUUUUACUGUUAUUCUUGUUUGUUUUUAAUAAAAUACACAUCAAUUGAUAGAUCCAAAUAUCUCCUCUCUUUUAAUAUUUUUACCAAAUUAAACAGUCAAAAU